GGUAGUCUAGCUAGACACAUAGAAUAAACAAUAAGUACAAGCCGAAACGGAGACUACAGACAUAUUAUUUUUCGUGUGAAUUUUUGUGUGAAAUAUUUUACAACAAUGUCUGAACGCCAGAACAAUUUCUUCAAGGCAAAAUUGGCUGACCAGGCCGAUCGACACACAGACAUGGCUGAGGCCAUGAAGAGUACCGUUUUGAUGGGCGAAGUGCUAACUGUGGAGGAGCGCAACUUGUUCUCGGCUGCAUACAAGAAUCGUAUUGGGAAGGUGCGUUAUUCGUGUCGCGUCCUUAACUCGAUCGAAAGGAAGGAGACGGGCGUCGUUAGCGUGGAGCAUCUGGGGGUGAUCCGCAAAUACCGCGAAGACUUGGAGGAAGAGCUGGCUGACAUCUGUAUGACCGUGCUAAAUUUGAUCAACACACAUCUACUUUCUAAUGUCCCUGACAACGAGGGCAAAGUAUUCUACUACAAGAUGCGGGGUGACUACUUUCGCUAUUUGGCCGAAUUUACCAUCGGCGCGGACUUCAAGCAGGCGUCUGAGCAGUCGCUGUGCUCUUACAAUAGAGCCUGGGAAUUGGCAACGGAAUUGGCUCCAACACACCCCAUUCGCUUGGGUCUGGCACUGAACUUAUCGGUUUUCUACUACGAGAUUAUGCACUUUACCGAGAAGGCCAUCGACUUGGCAAAGCCCGCUUUCGAUGAUGCCAUUGCAGAACUGGAUAAGCUGAACGAAGAAAGCUACAGAGACUCGACACUUAUCAUGCAGCUGCUGCGCGACAACCUCUCACUCUUGACGUCUGCCUUGCAGCAAGAAACGGCACAAGAAGACAACACCGAAGAUGGUGGCGAGCCUGAGAACCAGACCAAGGAGGGAGACCUGGAUGAAAUGGAUAAAUAUUAAUCUAAGUAGUCCUGUCCUGCACACGGUUCUUGAACACUACACUUUCGGACUCAAUUCUUUGUAAGCAACACUAAAAAAUGAUGUGACAAAGUCACAUUACGGACGCGUAUCGACCGCUAUGCAGAUAGAAGUUGAUGGUGAGUCUAGGGACAACAAAAACACGGCAUCAUACGUACAAGAAGAAACAGAGUUCUUAACCGAUUUUUGGAGGAUUACAACAGUAACACGAAACGCAACCAGAAACAGCAACAACUCGAAGAAGCAAGGCCUGGUGGCCGUGAAUGUGGAAAGAAGACUCCGUGAGCGCCAACAGCAGCCUCCCACCCAAGACCUAUAAAAAUAUCAGCCGCAGUUGGUAUUAAUACAAACCUUUAAAAAUAAG